AGUGUGUAUUACUUAUUUGUGACAUUAAUUUCGUUUAUAUACAUGUAAUUUUUCUUGCAAAAAAGAAAACAAACACAUCGAUUCAUUCGUCAAGUAUAAGAUGACUUAUGGAUCUAACCUAAUUUUUUAUGGCAAUGAAAAGUCAAUGGGAUCAAGUGAAACUACAAGCUUUACGAAUUUUGGUAUCUCAAGAACGAUAAUUGAGGAAAAAAUGCAGCCAAAGUAUGAAACUGAUAAAGAGAUAAUCACCGCAGAUGGGGUCUACGAUGUUGUUACACUAGCGUCAAGGUUCGGGGGCGGCGACUCGGUCGCGAGAUGGAGGCACCGAUCGCUAAUGCCUAGCCGAGUAACUUCGGGGAAGCAACAAAGACAGAGCUAUUGGGCCAUUGGGGUCGCAAUACAUCGUGCACCGCUGCCACUUCUGAUUACCAAAAAGACUUGACCAGCGUAGUCUAAUACUCUUAAAAGUGGAAACAACUAUCUAAAACUUGACAAGGUUAACUUAAUAAUUACAUUUCAGUCGUAUUUGUCACAUUUGACAUCGAAAAGUUAAACAUGUGCAUUCGCAGAUUUAUAUUUGUGCUUCAUGAUGAUAUGGUGCUGGGGCAACCUUGAGUUUGGAGAAAGAUAUUACAAUAUCGAGUUGUAAGCAAUGGAGUCAAAUGAAAACAGUGAGAAGAAAACAUUGGAUGCUUCCAAUGCAAUGGAAAUAGAAGAGCCAAAUGUACAAGAUAAAAGUGAAAAGCAAUCAAAAGGGACAAAUAUAGAAAAAGUGAUAGCAAAACAAGAUAAAGCAAGUGAAAGUAAAGAUAUUACAAGUAUAAAGUCCAAUGAUGUUGAAAAUACACCUGCAGAAUCUGAAAAAUUGGAUGAUGGAAAAAUCAAUACUCCAUCAAAUGCAGCAGAGGGAAAAAAGGAUAAUGAAUUACCUUCUAAUGGUCCAAAGAUUGUAAAAGAUACAGAUAAUGUGCAAGUGGAUACACCUACUCCAGCUGUUACACCUGUAGCAUCAAAAGAAGGAAAAAGGAAGCGUAAAAGUACAAAUCCGUCGCCAGAAACGACCGUGGCCCCGACGCCAGUGCCGCAGUCAGUAGCUGUAGCGGCAGCGGAAGAACAAAAUGGCAGCAACGUGGGCAAGCGAAAGAAAGCCGACAGAAACUGCGACAAGUAUUGUUGGCGCUGCCACAAGGAAUCGGUGGAAAUGCAAUGUAGCGCGUGUCCGAGAUCAUGGCAUCGACGAUGCAUGGGUGGUGCACCACCAUUAUCCGUUAACAACUGGAUAUGUGGUGAAUGCGUAUCUAUCCUCCAAGCUGAAAAUGCCGAGACGCGUUCACCAGUGAUGGCUGACCUUACUGUCGACCAAUUAUGCAUGAUGCUUAGGCAUGUCGUCGAGAGGAUGAGGGAUCAGCAUGGGUCUGAGCCUUUCUGGAGAGCUGUUGAUCUUGAUGAUGUUCCUAACUACUUAGAUUACGUGGUAAAACCAAUGGAUUUGAACUUACUUGAGUCUAAUGUCCGUGCCAAAUUAUACGGUAGUACUGAUGCAUUUAUGGCUGAUGCUAAGUGGAUCCAACACAAUUGUAUAGUUUUUAACACAUAUACAUCGAAGCUUACAAACACAGCAAAACAAAUGUUGAAGAUUGCGAGACAAGAGGUGUCCGAAAUCGAAACAUGUCCAGACUGUUUUGCACGCGGUCGCAAUUUACCUCGGCCUUUAUCAUCCUGGUUUAUUGAGCCUUGUCGCAAACCUCAUCCAAUCGUCUGGGCUAAACUCAAAGGUUUCCCAUUCUGGCCCGCCAAAGCAAUGUCUAGAUUGAACGCACAAGGCUUGGUUGACGUAAGAUUUUUCGGCGAACAUGAUAGAGCUUGGGUGUCGCCGAAAGAUAUCUACCUGUAUUCUCAAGAGCCUCCAGCACAGUUACCUAAAAAAAAAAAAUUGGAAAUGGAGCAAUGUGUUAUUGAAGUCGAGGAGCAUAUUCAAAAGCUUAAACAAAUUGUUGGAGAAUUUAGGUAUUCAUCACCGAAAGUUCCCUAUGAUCCACAUGAUCCUAUGCAGAUACAAAAAUUGCUACCUGACUAUGAUCCAUCUGGAAAGACAAAGAGUAAAACUGUAAAAACUGACACAAAUAAACAGCAAACUCCAGUACAAAGUCCAGUCACUAAUAAGGUGACAUCGCCCAAGACUGAAAAGAAACCUCCGAUUUCUAAGAAUCUCAUGGUUUCCAGUACAAAUGGCAUUAUUAAAACUCCUUCUGUAGAAAAACGCAAAUUCGAUAGAAAGAGAAAAUCCGUGGAAACUGUUCAGGAAGCUGUAAAUAAAGUGAGUCCGGAGGCGCCAUCAGAAAUUGUAAUUAAUAAUAAGAGCAGAAGUAAAAGUCCGCCUGCUAUACCAGCGCUUACUAAUAAAAGUAUAAGUGAUAAUGGCAGUACUAGUAAUUCGGAAUCGAGAAAAAAUAAUAAGUCACCAGAAGUAAGUGUAAUAGAAGUAACUAAUGAUACUACUCCUAAGAGAAUUAUUACAGCUGUAAGGAAAUUGAAAAGUGAUAACAUUAAGAAAAUAAAACUAGUGAAAAAUCACGAAAAAGAAGAAAUCAAGAAGGCAAUUACUGCACCCAAAAGUACUAAUAGCAAUCAGACAAAUCUUAUAAAAGUUUAUCGUCCUGUUAAUAAUCUGCAAAAUAAUAGUGAUGCGGCAAACGAUGUCAGCCCCAGUAAAAAAUCAAAAACAAUAUACAUACAGUCAAAGGCACAAAUGACAGGUACCGCCACAAAAAUUGUAACGAAAAAUGUUUUAGCGGAUCAUAAAGUGGUGGGUAAAGCUUUGUUCAAAUCAGCUUGUAAAGAUGGCCCAAGAAUUAUUCUAAAUAGCAGUCAGAAAAUCUUAAAAGACGGUACGCCAAACAAUAAACCGAUGACUGCAAUACCCAUAUCCGCAAGGAAAGACCAGACAAAAGCAAUGUUUCUUCAAUUAAAUUCUAGUGCAUCCGAAUCUGCAAGACAUUUCAGCGAAAAAGAGGCGCGAUUAAAUGUGUCGAUGCCUGUAAUCAAACAAGAACCAAAAGAUGACGUGGUGCAACCAAAGUUAACAAUCACAAGGAAACCUGGUAAAGCACGAAAAUCUCUUCCAAAUAAACCACCUGUUUUUCCACAAGUGGUAACAUCUACGCCGUUACGUUCGGUGGCGAAGACAAGCUCUACUUUGAGUGAUGCUAUGACACACAUUCCUCCGGCAAGUGCUGAAGCACGUGCAAGUUCGUCUGAAUUGCCUCCACCUGAAGCUGGCCCAGUCAGCGCUAAAAUCCACGACAGUUCGAAAGAACUUGCAAACCGUAUGGCUGAACUUAUUGUAGAAACGAUAAAGAGUACGGCGGAAAAUGGUGAACUUAGCAUCAAUAAUACCGUCAGCAAUCAUGAAGCAACAAUACAGUUGCUGAAACUCAGGAUAGAACGAUUAAAAUGGGAACAUCAACAAGAAAUUGCUGAGAUUAGGCAUAAUAACGAUCUAGUAAUACGCGAGAUGAAAACAAGUAUGGAUUUUGAACGAUUUCGAGCUCUACAAGAGGCCAAGCGCGAAGCAGAGCUAGAGAAACAACGUUGCAUCGAGGAAACAAAACGUAAGCAAUGGUGUGUCGUAUGCGGUCGUGAGGCAAUGUUCUAUUGUUGCUGGAAUACUGCAUACUGCGACUACCCUUGUCAACAAAAACACUGGUCUUCACACAUAGCUACUUGUGCUCAAAAAUCACAAAAGAGCAGUAGUAGUAGUAACACACCAUCCACGCAGCAACAAAAACCGCCACAGCAACAGCCUAAGCCGGUCAGCGAGACCACGGCAAACGGCCAGCAGAAUGGUAACAUCAGUGACGAAAUUCGAUUACCAACAGGCUCUGUGUAAAUUAGCUGACAUCAAAACCAUAAAUAUUUCAGUUAUAAAUACCAUCGUCAUAUCGUUGUUAAUCCGUUUUAUUUAAAAUGUACAGUAUAGCUGAUAAUUAUUAUUAUAGUGCUAAAUUUUGUAUUGAAGUCGCUACUGUUUUGUAACAAUUUAUUCAUAAUCUUAUGUUAAAAUAAGUUUUAUGAACUCAUAAACGUUCUCUCAAAAUG